AUGGAGAGGGUAAGUAUAGUAGUGCGGAUAUAUCGCAAGUGUAUAGUCGGAGAUAGAUAGAAUGAUAUAAUAUAUAGGAAAGGGCGAUAUAGAGCUAGAAGAUAGAGGGAGAGAGAAUAAGAUAGCGAGAUAGAGAGAGAGAGAAUACGGAGAAGAUAGAGAGAGAGUAUUAGGAGAAUAUAGAAGGAGAUAUAUCGAGUAGAUAGAUAGGAGGAUAUAUAUAGAGAGAGAUAGAGAGUCUGAUAUCGAUGAUAGAGCAUAUGAUAUAUAAGACUAUAGACAGAUCGUAUAUUAUUUAGUCGUCAAUGUAUUCCUAUCAUCUGUCUAUCCUCCUAGAUGUACUACGUAGUCUAUAUCUCUCAAGUUCUCGUCUUCUCUCUCUUCUCUCUCUGAUCCUCUAUAUCUCUCUCUACUCUCUAUUUCUCUCUCCUCUCUCUCUCCGUCUCUCUCUCUCUCUCUCUCUCUCUCUCUUCUCUCUCUUAUUCUCUUUCUCUCUCUUCUCUCUCUCUCUCUCUCUCUAUCUCUUCUCUUUCUAUCUCUCUCUCUCUCUCUGUUCUCUCUCUCUCUCUCUCUCUCUCUACACCCCUCUCUCCCUCCCCCUCUCCAUAUAGAUAUCUGGAAAGCUGUAGGAGCAGCAGUGCUGGGCUUCAUCUCUGGAGUACCUGGAGGCUACCUGCUAUCCUCCACAAUGGCAGCAGAACUAGGUGGCCUGGGACCUCCACCAGAAGACAUUAAUAGGGGAGAAUCAGAGGCAGAGAAGGGGCUCGUCAUGUUCCAGACCCUCUUGAUAGGAAUGUUCCUGAUGUUGUUUCUGCCCAUGGUAGUAGGAGGAAUACUGUGCCUUGCUGCGUCUAUGGCAAUCAGGAAGGCCGGGGAGACCGAGCCGGACGCUACGGAGGUGGCUGCCGUGGUAACAGUGGUCCUGAUGGGGACCUCUGCUAUAUGCGGAGGUGUGGGAUUCCUCUUGGAAACAGCCAUCGGAGGACUGACCGACAUCCUCACUGUGUACAAAUACACUGUAGAAAUGGCUGUGAAAGUCAUCUUUAUCGUUGUGUCUCCCUUUGUAGCUGCGUUGGCAGCUGGGGUGUCGGUUCAGUUCGGUAAGGGAGCGGUCAAACUGAAGGCAGCGGCAGGCAUAGGCACCGGGAUAUUAGCAGCCUUGAAGUCCCAGUCAAUCCUGGGGGACUGGGGGACCCUGGGGGCUCUGUUUGGUCCGGCGGCAGCUGCAGGGGUGGCUCUGUCUGCGGCCCUGAGACGCAGCAGCAGCAGCUACGGGAAGGCCGGGAGACUGGGGGCGACGCUGGGGGCGAUGUGCGCCACGUGGUUUGGGAGAUGGACUCUGAGUUAUUUCACACUGUGGAUUUUAAUAUGGAUCUUUCUGAUCUCGCUGCUCUCCUUAAUCGUUGUGGAUCCUACCAGACCAGCUCAUCAAGGGGAAAGAAUCUCAGAUACAAUAUCCACAGAAGAGAUAUAGAAAUCGUCUGACUGAAUGUUUCUUUUAUAGCCAUUUCAGACAGAAGAUGUGGUGUGUUACCUGUAAAACAAAAAUCUAAGGCAAUGUUCAUAUGACCCCCUUUCAUACAGCCCCUUAGUAACCACUUGUUUGCUGGUAGACACUUUUAUACAUAUCAGUGGGUAACUGGUGAAUUGGGAGGGGUGGGGGGUGUUGUUAAACCAUGGGGGCUGGUUGCAGUUCAAAUUAGGGAGGUUUUAAACAAUGGAAGUGUUCAUGAAUUUACCUGCAAAAAAGCAGAGAACCAUUCACACAGACUCAUAGCUGUAUUGUUUUUGUUACAGGGUCUGUGAAAAUGCAGGAAUCAUGACUAGGUCUUUAAGUGGCUGUUAUUUCUCUAUGUUUUUCUAUGCCUUUCAGAUAUACCAAAAAGCUGGUAUGGUAAAUUAGUGGGAUUUUGGUCUGUGUGUGAAAGGGAUAUUUUUCAUGCCUUUGUAAUCAUUGUAUUUUAAUUUCAGUUUAUCACCUGUAUGUAUAGGACUCCAGGUAGUCAUUGUAAAUAAGAAUUUGUUCUUAAAUAAAAAAAUAUAAACAUUGUCAAUGGACUAACAGGGAAUGUUGGCUUUUAUUUUAAUAUUAUUUUAAUAUUGUAUGUUGGGUAUUAUUUUGCUUGUUGGGGCGGGAGGGUCUUUUGAUUGUAAUCUGUAUGCAUGAUGCUUACUCCCCUUGUUGUUAAAAAAUGGAUAUAAUUGUACAUCUAUUUCAAAAACUGUAUCUACCCUUUUUUUAUAUGUCCCCAAAAAAUAUGUAUAUAAACUAACAAAUUAAAAAAUAAAUUUGUUUGAAUUUGUUUGAAUAAUGUUAGAGGAUGAUUACAUUACAGACACCUUCCAGAUCUCACAACACCUGGAUAGGGUGCGUUCCAGGAUGACUACAUUAGACACCUGCCAGAUCUCACAACACCUGGAUAGGGUGCGUUCCAGGAUGACUACAUUACAGACACCUUCCAGAUCUCACAACACCUGGAAAGGGUGCGUUCCAGGAUGACUACAUUACAGACACCUUCCAGAUCUCACAACACCUGGAAAGGGUGCGUUCCAGGAUGACUACAUUAGACACCUGCCAGAUCUCACAACACCUGGAUAGGGUGCGGUCCCAGGUUGAUUAGGACAUGCCAGAUACACACACUGGAAAGGGUGCGUUCCAGGAUGACUACAUUACAGACACCUGCCAGAUCUCACAACACCUGGAAAGGAUGCGUUCCAGGAUGACUACAUUACAGACACCUGCCAGAUCUCACAACACCUGGAUAGGUGUUUAACAUAUCAGCAAAACCACAUCAUCUGCUAUAGCAAUCUGAUGCCAGACUGCUCAGUCAAUGACGUGACAUGGGUUUUUUGAUGCAAUGAAAAUGUCUGUAAUGUAGUGGAGCCUAGAACGCACCUGGCCCCGCCUCCUGCCACGGUGCGACGACGUAAUCACCUGUACCUCAGGACACUGUCAGACGGAAGGUUGUUUCCAACAGCGGGAAGACAGCAACAGAGGCAGGUCGAUCCAGUGACUCUCCGCAUGAACAUUGGACCAGCAUGGUAAGACCAGAGCCACAAUGAGCACACAUCAUCAUUUGUUAUAUAUCAAUGCUCUUCCUGUUUUUAAAAGCCACACUCCUUUAAUUUGUGCAUAGCCUCAAAGUGUGGGACACCUUAUUAUCAGUGCUGUUGCAAAUAAUGACAGAGUCUGCUGACAUUGGACUAUUUUACUGUGAUCCAACAUGCUGGCCGUAAAUUAGAAUCAAAAUCUGUCUGGUGUCUGAUUCGGAGGGGAACAUGUCUCUUUACACUCAUUCCUACCAAUUCUCUGGUCACGUUUCAGUGUAUUCCAGCCUUCAGUCUAUCCGUUGUAGAGGCGUGUAUUCCUUUACCCACACCACUGUGGAAAACGGCGCCAUUUCUUUCAGUUCAUUUACUGUGUCAAAGUCAUGGUUAAAAAGUAAAACGUGUCUAACAACACUGAAGCACUAGAACCUGCUAGACCUCAUUCUAUGGCCCCGUUCCAAAUAUCUCCCUGUUCCCUAUAGGGCCUUGGUCAAAAGUAGUGCACUUAAUAGGGAAUAGGGGUCUCUCUGUUCCCUAUGGCCCUCAUAGGGAAUAGGGGUCUCUCUGUUCCCUAUAGGGCCCUGGUCAAAAGUAGUGCACUUCAUAGGGAAUAGGGGUCUCUCUGUUCCCUAUAGGACCCUGCUCAAAAGUAGUGCACUUCAUAGGGAAUAGGGUGCCAUUUAGUGCGCCGUCUCCGUGAUCAAGCUUGAUACAUACUAAACGCUGACUGCUGUUUGGUUGACAACCCCGCCCCCAACAGUGAUGAAUAUUCGAGGUCACCGUUAUUGUCUUGUGUUAAGUGGUUUGUGACUGGGCUAAGGCUCAGCUGGACGUUUACACUAUACAAGCAGCACUGGCCAAGCCACGCCAGGCUUGCCCUCAUGUGGGUGCUAGCAAGCAAGCUAGGUAGGUAGUGCUACUCAUCAACAGCCGCUGUCAGCCAAUCCAGUAGGGGAUUGAAGCUGUGGUGAGCUUUGAUUGGUCACUGAGGAUUUUAAUAAAGUUCAGCUUCCCCCCAACUUUAGUGAAAGGAGACUACUGUAGAUGUGAGGGUGAAAGCAGCCUACUGUAGAUGUGAGGGUGAAAGUAGCCUACUGUAGAUGUGAGGGUGAAAGCAGCCUACUGUAGAUUUGAGGGUGAAAGCAGCCUACUGUAGAUGUGAGGGUGAAAGCAGCCUACUGUAGAUGUGAGGGUGAAAGCAGCCUACUGUUAGAUGUGAGGGUGAAAGCAGCCUACUGUAGAUGUGAGGGUGAAAGCAGCCUACUGUAGAUGUGAGGGUGAAAGCAGCCUACUGUAGAUGUGAGGGUGAAAGCAGCCUACUGUAGAUGUGUGGGUGAAAGCAGCCUACUGUAGAUGUGAGGGUGAAAGCAGCCUACUGUAGAUGUGAGGGUGAAAGCAGCCUACUGUAGAUGUGAGGGUGAAAGCAGCCUACUGUAGAUGUGUCAACCUAUGGAGGCUGCCUUAGCAGCAGCUGUGACGUCUCAGUCUGGUCCAGAAACAGUGGACCUGGGAGCAGCAGCAACAACAGUAGAAGGGGGUACAUUAGCAGCCUUACUGAAGUAACAGUCAGCACUAGGGGACCGUGGGGGCUCUGUAGGGUCCGGCAGGGCGCUGCAGGAGUGGUUCUGUCUGCUGGAGUAAGAUGGAGCAGUGGUAUCUAUGGGUGGGCAGGUGGAGUUGGGGUAACACUUGGGGUAACACUAGGGGUAACACUAGGGGCAACACUAGGGGUAACACAAGGGGCAACCUAGGGUAACACUAGGGGCAACACUAGGGGAAACACUAGGGGUAACACUAGGGGUAUCACUAGGGGCAACACUGGGGUAACACUAGGGGUAACACUAGGGGUAACACUAGGGGCAACACUAGGGGCAACACUAGGGCAACACUAGGGGCAACACUAGGGGUAACAAUAGGGGCAACACUAGGGGCAACACUAGGGGUAUCACUAGGGGCAACACUGGGGUAACACUAGGGGUAACACUAGGAAGGGUUACACACUAGGGGGUAACACUAUGGGGCAAACACUAGGGUACAUCUAUGGGGCAACACUAGGGGUAACACUAGGGGCAACACUAGGGGCAACACUAGGGGUAACACUAGGGGCAACACUAGGGGUAACACUAGGGGUAACACUAGGGGCACACUAGGGUAACAAUGGGCAACACUAGGGGCACACUAGGGGAUCACUAGGGGCAACACUGGGGUAACACUGGGGGUAACACUGGGGCAACACUAGGGGUAACACUGGGGCAACACUAGGGGCAACACUAGGGGUAACACUAGGGGCAACACUAGGGGUAACACUAGGGGUAACACUAGGGGUAACACUAGGGGUAACACUGGGGGCAACACUGGGGUAACACUAGGGGUAACACUAGGGGCAACACUAGGGGGUUCUGUCUGCUGGAGUAAGAUGGAGCAUGGGGAUCUAUGGGUGGGCAGGUGAAGUGGGGUAACACUUGGGCAACACUAGGGGUAACACUAGGGUAACACUGGGGCAACACUAGGGGUAACACUGGGGCAACACUAGGGGUAACACUAGGGGCAACACUAGGGGAAACACUAGGGGUAACACUAGGGGCAACACUAGGGGCAACACUAGGGGUAACACUAGGGGUAUCACUAGGGGCAACACUGGGGCAACACUAGGGGUAACACUGGGGCAACACUAGGGGUAACACUGGGGCAACACUAGGGGCAACACUAGGGGUAACACUAGGGGUAACACUAGGGGUAACACUGGGGCAACACUAGGGUAAACACUGGGGCAACACUAGGUUAACACUAGGGGUAAACACUAGGGGUAACACUGGGGCAACACUAGGGUAACACUAGGGGUAACACUAGGGGUAACAACUGGGGCAACACUAGGGGAAACACUAGGGGUAACACUAGGGGUAACACUAGGGGUAACACUGGGGGCAACACUGGGGUAACACUAGGGGUAACACUAGGGGUAACACUAGGGGUAACACUAGGGGCAACACUGGGGUAACACUAGGGGUAACACUAGGGGUAACACUAGGGGCAACACUAGGGGUAACACUAGGGCAACACUAGGGGUAACACUAGGGGUAACACUAGGGGUAACACUAUGGGAACACUAGUGGGUAACACUGGGGGCAACACUGGGGGUAACACUAGGGGUAACCACUAGGGGCAACACUAGGGGGUUUCUGUCUGCUGGAGUAAGAUGGAGCAGUGGUAUCUAUGGGUGGGCAGGUGAAGUUGGGGUAACACUUGGGGCAACACUAGGGGUAACACUAGGGGUAACACUGGGGCAACACUAGGGGUAACACUGGGGCAACACUAGGGGUAACACUAGGGGCAACACUAGGGGAAACCUAGGGGUAACACUAGGGGCAACACGAGGGGGUCAACACUAGGGGUAACACUAGGGGUCACACUAGGGGCAACACUAGGGGAAACACUAGGGGUAACACUGGGGUAACACUAGGGGGCAACACUAAGGGGGUAACACUAGGGUCAACACUAGGGGUAACACUAGGGGCAACAAUAGGGGAAACAGUAUGGGGUAACACUAGGGUAACACUAGGGGGCAACACUAGGGUAAACCACUAUGGGCACACUAGGGGUAAACACUAGGGUAACACUGGGGCAACACUGGGGUAACACUAGGGUAACACAUAGGGGUAACACUAGGGGUAACACUGGGGGGUAACACUAGGGGCAACACUAGGGGUAACACUAGGGGUAACACUGGGGGGUACCACUAGGGGCAACACUAGGGGGUAAACACUGGGGCAACACUAGGGGCAACACUAGGGUAACACUAGGGGUAACACUAGGGGUAACACUGGGGGCAACACUAGGGGUAACACUAGGGGUAACACUAGGGGUAACACUGGGGCAACACUAGGGGAAACACUAGGGGUAACACUAGGGGUAACACUAGGGGUAACACUAGGGGUAAACACUGGGGGGCAACACUGGGGUAACACUAGGGGUAAACACUAGGGUAACACUAGGGGUAACACUGGGGGCAACACUGGGGUAACACUAGGGGUAACACUAGGGCAACAAAACUAGGGGUACACACUAGUGGGUAACACUAGGGUAACACUAUGGGUAACACUAGGGGUAACACAUGGGGGCAACACUGGGGGGUAACACUAAGGGGUAACACUAGGGGCAACACUAGGGGGUUCUGUCUGCUGGAGUAAGAUGGAGCAGUGGUAUCUAUGGGUGGGCAGGUGAAGUUGGGGUAACACUUGGGGCAACACUAGGGGUAACACUAGGGGUAACACUGGGGCAACACUAGGGGUAACACUGGGGCAACACUGGGGGCAACACUAGGGUAACACUAGGGGCAACACUAGGGGAAACACUAGGGGUAACACUAGGGGCAACACUAGGGCAACACUAGGGGUAACACUAGUGGGUAACACUAGGGGCAACACUAGGGGUAACACUGGGGGCAACACUGGGGUAACACUAGGGGUAACACUAGGGGCAACACUAGGGGGUUCUGUCUGCUGGAGUAAGAUGGAGCAGUGGUAUCUAUGGGUGGGCAGGUGAAGUUGGGGUAACACUUGGGGCAACACUAGGGGUAACACUAGGGGUAACACUGGGGCAAACACUAGGGUAACACUGGGGGCAACACUGGUGGGCAACACUAGGGGUAACACUAGGGGCAACACUAGGGGAAACACUAGGGGUAACACUAGGGGCAACACUAGGGGCAACACUAGGGGUAACACUAGGGGUAACACUAGGGGCAACACUAGGGGUAACACUGGGGUAACACUAGGGGCAACACUAGGGGUAACACUAGGGGCAACACUAGGGGAAACACUAGGGGCAACACUAGGGGUAACACUAGGGGCAACACUAGGGGAAACACUAGGGGCAACACUAGGGGAAACACUAGGGCAACACUAGGGGAAACACUAGGGGUAACACUAGGGGUAACACUAGGGGUAACACUAGGGGCAACACUAGGGGUAACACUAGGGGCAACACUAGGGGAAACACUAGGGGCAACACUAGGGGAAACACUAGGGGUAACACUAGGGUAACACUGGGUAACACUAGGGGUAACACUAGGGGCAACACUAGGGGUAACACUAGGGGUAACACUAGGGGUAACACUGGGGCAACAGCUUGGUUUGGAAGAGAAACUCUGGAUGUUCUCACUGUCUGGGUUCUGAUAGGGAUCUUUUGUCACUGAUCUCACUAGUAAUCCACCCUGAUACCAUUACAGCUUGGUUUGGGAGAGGGACUCUGGACUUUUCCCUUGUCAUGGAUCUGUCAGUGCCAAUGAUCUUCGUAGCUGAAGGUUUAAACAUGUUGAACCAUCCUGGAUUGAAUUCCACUGCUCCAUCUAUCUCUCCAUACAUUCAGUCAAACUGCCAUCCUAAAAGGAUGCCAUCCUUGAAGAAUUAUUGGCACUCCUGUUUUCAAUACUGCAGCACCCAGCCAGCAUCUCCUUGCGAGGAUAACGACACUGAACCUUUUUCUAAAAUGUUUUAUGAGAUUGGAGAACACAUUGGGAGGGAUUUUAGACUAUUCCUCCAUACAGAAUCUUUCCAGAUCCUUGAUAUCCUUAAUCUGCACUUAUGAACGGCACCCUUUAAUUCAGGUUUUCAAUGGGUUUCAAGUCCGGAGACUGAGAAUUGCAAAAUGUUGAUUUUGUGGUCAAUUAAUAAUUUAUUUGUGGAUUUUGAUGUGUGCUUGGAGUUAUUGUCUUGCUGGAAGAUCCAUUUGCGGCCAAGUUUCAGCCUCCAGGCAGAAAGUCGCUCUGGAUAAGAGCGUCUGCUAAAUGACUAAAAUGUAAAUGUAAAAUGCAACCAGGUUUUUGGCUAAAAUGUCCUGGUAGUUGGUAACGUUCAUGAUGCCGUUGACCUUAACAAGGGCGUCAAGACCAUUGGAAGGAAAAUAGAAGCAAAAUAGCCCCAUAACACCAAAGAUCCACCCCCAUAUUUUACCAUAGGUAUGAGAUACUUUUCUGCAUAUGCUUCCGUUUUUCAACACCAAACACACCCUGGUGUACACCCGGCCAAAGAGCUCUUUUUCCAUGUCAUCUGACCAUAGCACCGGUUCCAAUCCAAGUGCCAAUUCCUUUUAGCAAACUCCAGGCGGUGCUAUUGUGUUCCACCCCAGGCCACGUUUUAAUAUUAUUUUAAUAUUGUAUGUUGGGUUUUGCUUUUGCUUUGUCUGUUUCUUAUCUUACUUUUUGAUAAAAUUGUUCAUCUACUACAACAGGGGUUCUCCAACCUCUCCUCAGGACCCCCAGACGUUCUCCAACCUCUCCUCAGGACCCCCAGCCGUCCCAAACCUCUCCUCAGGACCCCCAGCCGUUCCAAACCUCUCCUCAGGACCCCCAGCCAUCCAAACCUCUCCUCAGGACCCCCAGCCGUUCUCCAACCUCUCCUCAGGACCCCCAGCCGUUCCAAACCUCUCCUCAGGACCCCCAGCCGUUCCAAACCUCUCCUCAGGACCCCCAGCCGUUCUCCAACCUCUCCUCAGGACCCCCAGCCGUUCCAAACCUCUCCUCAGGACCCCCAGCCGUUCCAAACCUCUCCUCAGGACUCCCAGCCGUUCCAAACCUCUCCUCAGGACCCCCAGCCGUUCCAAACCUUUCCUCAGGGACCCCCAGCCGUUCCAAACCUCUCCUCAGGACCCCCAGCCGUUCCAAACCUCUCCUCAGGACCCCCAGCCGUUCCAAACCUCUCCUCAGGACCCCCAGCCGUUCCAAACCUCUCCUCAGACCCCCAGCCGUUCCAAACCUCUCCUCAGGACCCCCAGCCGUUCCAAAACCUCUCCUCAGGACCCCCAGCCGUUCCAAACCUCUCCUCAGGACCCCCAGCCGUUCCAAACCUCUCCUCAGGACCCCCAGCCGUUCCAAACCUUUCCUCAGGACCCCCAGCCGUUCCAAACCUUUCCUCAGGACCCCCAGCCGUUCCAAACCUCUCCUCAGGACCCCCAGCCGUUCCAAACCUCUCCUCAGGACCCCCAGCCGUUCCAAACCUCUCCUCAGGACCCCCAGCCGUUCUCCAACCUCUCCUCAGGACCCCCAGCCGUUCCAAACCUCUCCUCAGGACCACAGCCGUUCCAAACCUCUCCUCAGGACUCCCAGCUGUUCCAAACCUCUCCUCAGGACCCCCAGCCGUUCUCCAACCUCUCCCCAGGGACCCCCAGCCGUUCCAAACCUCUCCUCAGGACCCCCAGCCGUUCCAAACCUCUCCUCAGGACCCCCAGCCGUUCUCCAACCUCUCCCCAGGGACCCCCAGCCGUUCCGUGUCUUUGAUCUAUUCCAGAGCUGGCACAGCUGAUUCAACUUGCUAGCACACCUGAUUCAACUUGAGGUUUGAGAAGCACUGUAUUACAAUAACUCUUUCUAACCUCUUUUAUAUGUCCUAUAAAAAUGUUUUAGUCAAUGGACACAUCCAAUCAAUAGACAAUUUCAAAUAAAUGUAAAUAAAUGUUUGCUGUUCCAAAGAAAUGUAUGUCUUUGAUUGUUCUCUUUGCUACUGUAAAAAAAAAAAACACACACACACACACACCUCCCCUCUCCCCCCUACCCUCUCCCCCCCCUCCCCCCUCCCCCCUCCCCCCUCCCCUCUCACCUGUAUCCGUCUAUGAAGCUGCCGUUGAUGUAGUCUGACCCCUCCACUCCUCUGAUUGGCUGCAGACAGACCCUGGUGGUCUCAUAGGGCAUGAUGUUCACCAGACGGUUCUUGAACUUGUUACACGGCAGGUUGGCACUCACAAACCUGGAGGUGUGGGCCUUCGCACUGGCCAACCGCUAUGGAGGGGGAGGGAGAUGA